AUGUGUGCACGAAUUUCCUACAACAAGGAUGCCAAAACGCUGUGCGCAAGCUGGUUUAGUAGCAGGGAUGAUAAUGAUCAGUUCGAGUUCGAGGAUACCCUUUGCUAUGGUGUUGAUUUGACGAAUUACUUGCCCGAGCAUGUAGUCUUCGGCUUCUCCAGCUCAACCGCCUGGAGGUCUCAUUCCCACAACAUCAGGUCCUGGUCUUUUUCUUCUUCCGAUCUAGUCACUGCUCGGCCCAACACAACCGUUUCAUCUGGAAUAAGAAAAGGCAGAAGUGAUGGCAAAAAUGUUCACUUGAUCGUUGGAUUGUCCAUAGGAAUGUUUCUGGCCGGUCUUGCUCUUGCGGCUGCAUUGUUCCGUGUGUAUCGGCUCGUCUGUUGGAGGCAGAAUGAGGACCAAAAACCGUCGGCUGAGUGCCAAUUGCUCAACUCUACCAUGCGUGGUGGCAGAGAGGGGCAAGACAGCACUAAAGCUGGUCGUGGCAGUGCCGAGCAAUCACCUCCGCUCGUACGAUACAUCUCUCCGGAGAGGGUUCGCCCAGCCGCAAACAAUUUCAAUGAGUUGCUGGGGAGAGGCGGGUUUGGCGAAGUUUACAAGAGAGAAUUGGACGGUAAAGCAGUUGCGGUGAAGAGAUUGUUCCAGGUGGUGGCGGCUGGUGGUGGGAGAGGCAACCUUGAAGGGUACAUGGCAGAGCUAGCGGUGUUAUUACAGUUGAGGCACCGCAAUUUGGUUGAACUACUUGGAUGGUCAUGCGACAACUCGGGUCACCUCUACUUGGUCUACGAAUACAUGGAGAAUGGUAGCUUGGACAGCCAUCUAUUCAGUAAGGGGCCUGGCCAGCAACCGCUUACCUGGGAAAUCAGGUUCCGAAUCGCCAAGGAUUUGGGUUUGGGGCUAAUCCACUUGCACGGAGGGCGCACGGCAUGCGUGCUGCAUAGGGACAUCAAACCCGCUAAUGUUCUGCUGGAUUCUGAUUUUACAGCCAAGCUGUCCGAUUUCGGACUGGCUCGCGUGGUGGGACACAACGACCCCUCCCAGUCCUUGUACUACGGGACCCACGGGUACCUGGCUCCCGAGUGUUUGCAGACCAGGAAGUCAACUAAACGAUCCGACAUCUACAGUUUUGGGGUGGUGGUUCUGCAAAUCGUUAGCGGGAAGCCGGCGUAUGUGGCGAUCAACGAUUCAACCCAGCGCCGGCACAUUGUGGAGUGGGCUUGGGGUCUCUAUGGGGAGGGCCGUGAUCAAGAUGUAGUCGACCCUAAGCUAAAUGGUGUGUUUGUGGAGGAACAGGUCCGUCUUUUGCUUCAAGUGGCUCUUCACUGUGCUCACCCAAACCCCUCCAGCAGGCCUCUGAUGAAGGUCGUCAUGGAAGUGCUGAACGGCAGCGGUAGAUUGCCCUCUCCUCCACCAUUGCAAUAUCCCACCAACCGUAGCUCCCAGGCCGGCCUCCUCCCGUGGCUCUCGCGAAUCCUUGAAGAAUCGCCGACUGUUUCCUCUCUGCAGCAGCAGCCAGUAUCAUCAUCAGGAGUUGUUCCACCGCCACAUGAUCAGAUUGACAGCUUUGAUCAGCCUGUCCCACUCCCAUGUGUUGUUAGAGCUCAGCCAGCUGCUUCCCGUCUCUAUCGCACGGUCUAG